CUGCUUCUCAAGACAAUGAUUAUUGUGCGACUGGGAAUUAUUAUUUUCCUUUUACAGUUCUCAUCAGGACUAAAGAGAGCAAAGAGAGGUUGGGUUAUUCCACCUUUCAAUGAACCUGAGAACAGCAGAGGUCCUUUCCCAAAACAGCUUUCUCAGAUCAAGUCAGAUUAUGCUUCAGAAGCUAUGAUGGCGUACAGUAUCACAGGUGAAGGGGCAGAUCAGCCACCGGUGGGCCUUUUCAUAUGUAACAGAGUUACAGGGUUUAUUUCAGUGACACAGCCGCUCGACAGAGAGAAAAAAGCUUUCUAUCAUCUCAUAGCUUAUGCUAUUGGAGAAGGAAACAUAAAAGAGAAGCCAAUGGAUAUCAUCAUCAAUGUGAUUGACCAGAAUGACAAUAGGCCUGAGUUUACUCAAAAUCCUUUCAAUGGACAUGUUCCUGAAUCUUCUCUAAGAGAUUAUGAGUUUAUGAAGGUCACAGCCACUGAUGCAGAUGAUCCAAAUACUGAUAACGGUGAUGUCAGAUACUCAAUUAUCAGCCAAGAUCCUCCAUUACCAAAACCAAAUAUGUUUGAUAUCAACACCAUAACUGGAGGGAUUCGUGUCAUUGAAGAAGGUCUGGAUAGAGAGAAAUACCCCACAUAUACUUUAGUAAUUCAGGCUGCAGAUAUGCAAGGAAGAGGUUUGACAACGUCGGGCAAGGCUGUUAUUACUGUCACAGACAGCAAUGAUAACGCACCUCAGUUUGAACAAACAACGUAUGAAGCAUCUGUCCCAGAGAAUCAAGUUGGUGCUGAAGUUGUCAAGCUCACAGUUACUGAUGGAGAUGAUCCCGGAUCACACGCCUGGUCAACAAAAUAUAAGAUUAUAAAUGGUGAUAAAGGAGGAUUUUUCAAUGUCAGUACUGGACCCAGUCAGCUCGAGGGAAUCAUCACCACUGUGAAGCCACUGGAUUAUGAAAAGACCAAACAGUUCAUUCUGUCUGUGAUUGUUGAGAACGAGGAUCCGUUUGUCCGCGCUUUGCCCACAUCAACUGCCACAGUCACUGUCAAUGUGGAGGAUGUGAAUGAACCUCCAGAAUUCAAACCAAAAGAGAAAAUCAUUUACAAACGUGAAGAUCUGGCUGUUGAUUCUGAAUUAGUGACUUAUACAGCCGUUGAUCCAGACACUGCCAGAUCACAGAAGAUGACGUAUAGAAUCGGCAAUGAUCCCGCCGGCUGGUUUAAUAUUGUUAAAGAAACUGGAGUGAUCAAAAUCAAGAAGCAAAUGGACAGAGAAUCUGGUUUGGUCACAGAUGGCAAAUACAAAGCUCUCUUUCUGGCUGUUGAUGAUGAUGAUAAAGCACCAGCGACUGGCACAGGAACUCUGAUCGUCCAGCUGGAGGAUGUGAAUGACAAUCCUCCCUUUAUUAAUGAAAGAGAAAUAAGGAUGUGUAAUAGUGAAGCACGUCCUGCUGUCCUCUCCAUCACAGAUAAAGACGGACCGCCUCACGCCGGUCCAUUUCGUGUCAACACUCAGGGAGAUACCCAGAAAAACUGGACUGCCAGGAUGAAUGAAGAAUCAAACAAUAUAGAGCUGAUGCUCAGGAAUACACUGGAGCCCGGCAUCUACAAUGUCAUCCUGAGAGUUUUUGAUCAGGGCGACGAGUAUCAGGACAACACGAUUAAAGCUCAAGUUUGUGACUGCAAGGGAGAAGAUUUUGUAUGCAGAGAGAGAGAGACGACAGGGUUUCCGCUGUUUAAAGUUCUCGGAAUCCUCGGUGGCAUCUUGGUUCUGCUGUCGCUCAUCCUGCUCAUAGUGUUCAUGAAUAGGAAAAGCCACUGACUCUACUGAAGCGACUGUGAGUGACUGCAAGGCGAUCAAUGUCAUAUGCAUUAAGACCAUAGUAACAUGUGCAAAUUCUGUUUAUUUUAUCAUUUGUCUUUUAAAUUUAACAUUUGCUGAUUAUGCAUCAUUCAUGGUCGAAUCACUAAAUUAGAUGUUGCAUGAUGUAAAGAAAUCUCGUAAAAAACUAUUUUCUGCCAGCUGUGGCACCAGACAUAAACCGUAAAAAAACAUCCUGUUAAAUUAAUUUUCCCCGUUUUUGUUGUAAAUUUGCAGUCUUUUACUGUAAUUAUUUGCGUGUGUGUGUGUGUGUGUGUGUGUGCGCGAAUGUUUAAAAACAGUAAAAUUCUGUAAAAUUACAUUCAAAUGAAUCUGUAAACGAAAAUGGAUUUGAUUUAAGACUGGCAGUAAACAUGCGAUCACUAUUGAAACUUUAAUAUGCUGUUGUUAUUUGAUGCUGGUUUGUUAGGUUCUUAAUAAAAAACUGAAGAGGGACAUAUUUCGUUUCAGAGUUUGCAGCAUUGAAGAUGUAAGGCCUAUGUAUUCCAUAUCUCGCUGUAAGGAAGCUUUUGAACUCUUCAUACAUAAUGUUUGCUGUAUAUUUUAAAGGAACUACUUGAAACUGGUUUUGCAUUUAAACACUUCUAGAACAUUGCUAGUAAAAAGAAAUACAAAACGUGUAAAGACAUAACC